CAUUGGCCAAAUGGAUUUUGCGCGCUCCGAGCUGGCUGACACUCGAAAAGAGUAGAAACUGGCCUUGCAUACAGAAACAGAGACAAACCUUCCGAACCCUUGCACGACAGGAAGCACAGAGACGGCAGCCACACGCUGCCCAUUCUCCAAAAAGCCAAAUCGUAACGACCCAGGCUCGAAGGAACCGCCCGCAGAUCCGUAGCGAAGCCAUUAGCUGCAGUAGGAACUGCCGCAGCCACCCGUUCCCACCAUGAUCGAGUCCGAAGUGGCCGAGACCCUCAUGAGCUUAUCAGCGCCGGACGAGCGCAAAUUCGCCGACAAUCCGCUGUACGCGUCCGAACCACCGUCGUCUUGGCAGGCUGGAAAGAAGCGCGGAUUCGCAGCAUUCGACGGAGGCGUGGCCAGUUCGCUGCCUUCGUCGAGCUUCCUACAACCGCAUGGCGACUCGUACAGCUCGGCGAUGGCGCUGCUGGCGCAAAAGAUCCAGGAGCGCCCACUCACAUCAAUGAUCCCUGGCCGCGAGGACGACAGCAGCAACAGCAGCGACGUGGAUAUGGACUCUAGCGAAGCUAGCGACGAGUCCCCCGAACGCCGAACGUGGUCAUCAUACCGCUCGCCCUUCGACGGUCUAGUGGCCGCAGCGGCUUCCAACCAGGACGACAAUGACAGCUACUCAUCGUCCAACAGCAGACCCAUCUCGAUCCCCAUGCGCGGCGGCAACAACAGCAGCAGCAUGAGAUAUCGCGAGCAUUCGUCGUCUUUCGACCGCACCUAUUCAUCAUCGUACGGAAAGAAGUACAAGUCCAGCAGCCUGUCGCGCGUGCAGGAAAACGAGUCGUUCCUGGGUCGCGACAGCAGCCCCACGGGCGUCGAGGAUGACGGUACGUGGUACGACAGCGACUACAAACAGCGCGUGCGUCUGGCAUCCGUGUGCUCGUCCGAUGGUAGCGAGUACGGCGGACUGGGCCGCCAACACUUGGAGGAGUUCAUCCGCAUGGAGAUCUCGGCCGCCAAUGAGAGCGAUCAGCGCAGGGAAGGCACGUCGCCCUCGUCUGAGGGCAAGUACAUCGGCAGCUACUCGCCUGAGGCUCGGAGAAAACGCAUCGAACGUUUUCUCGAGAAGCGUAAACGCCGCGUGUGGGCCAAAAAGGUGGACUACGAUGUCCGCAAGAACUUCGCCAACUCACGCUUGCGCGUCAAGGGUCGCUUCGUAAAGAAGGAGGACGAGGAGCUGCUGUGCCAGCUCAUGAGCUACACGUGAGGACGGGGCCAGGCUUCCGUGUGGCGUGCUCUUCUUCGUUGCUUUGCUUUCCCGCCCGUCAUAGUGUAGUUGUAUAGAGAAGGCAUUGGGACCGACCCAACUGCAUGUACGUAGCUGCGAGCUAACUAGCAUUAUCAAUCCAUAAAGAGGAUUCCCGCAUCAUCCACGCCUGCCGAGCCGGCAACAAGAUCACCUUCCGGUGUCAUUUCCACAGUGUGGGGCACCGGGAGCCAGCAGAUCGUGGGUGAUGGGCGUCCCAAUGCUGCCCAUCGGCGUGUGACCGCUGCGGUCCAUUGCAGAGACCACCAGGCGGCCAGCCAGCUGGGCAGCGCGUUGAUCGCCGUUGUCCAUGGACGACAUCGUGUUUGCAUGCGCUUUCUUGCGUGUUGAUGGUCGAUGUCCUAGUGCCCC